ACCAUGUCGGGGAUUGCCCUCAGCAGACUCGCACAGGAGAGGAAAGCGUGGAGGAAGGACCACCCGUUUGGCUUUGUGGCUGUCCCGACAAAAAACCCCGAUGGCACCAUGAACCUCAUGAACUGGGAGUGCGCCAUCCCUGGGAAGAAGGGGACCCCGUGGGAGGGAGGCCUGUUCAAGCUGAGGAUGCUUUUCAAGGAUGACUAUCCGUCCUCGCCGCCAAAAUGCAAGUUCGAGCCACCGCUCUUCCACCCGAACGUGUACCCCUCGGGCACUGUGUGCCUGUCCAUCCUGGAGGAGGACAAGGACUGGAGGCCAGCCAUCACGAUCAAACAGAUCUUAUUAGGGAUACAGGAGCUCCUAAAUGAACCAAAUAUCCAAGACCCGGCCCAGGCAGAGGCUUACACGAUCUACUGCCAAAACAGAGUGGAGUAUGAGAAGAGGGUCCGAGCACAGGCCAAGAAGUUCGCGCCCUCGUAA